GCCGAAUCUGCUGAAGAAAUGUGGAUGGGAGCAUUCGGUGCAAAGCUCUCGUUGGCUAAUAACAUUAGUUUUACAGUCAUGAGAGGGUCCUCAGAAGCUGAAAAUUUCGUCAAAAAGCCGAAUCUUCUGAAGAAAUGUGGAUGGGAGCAUUCGGUGCAAAGCUCUCGUUGGCUAAUAACAUUAUGGAUUACAUUCAAAAGGAUUAUUAGGAAGAAAUCAACAGAACAGUUCUCUAGCAUGCCUUAUCUAAUAAGUCUGCUCCAAUGCUUGCUCUCAGCCUGGUACAGUUUACCUUUUGUGUCACCAAACAACCUGCUGGUAACUGUCAUCAGUGCCAUAGGCAUUGGCCUGGAGGCAACUUACGUGCUUAUUUUCCUCAUAUUUUCCCCCAAGAAAGGGAAGGCCAAGAUCUGCGGAUACCUCUUUGUGGUCCUUUCUAUCUUCUCUAGUCUGGCCUUGGUUUCCAUAUUGGCAUUUCAUGGCAAUAAAAGGAAGCUCUUUUGUGGCUUUGCGUUUGCAGCUGCUUGUGUUAUGAUGUAUGGUUCUCCUCUCUCUGUAAUGAGGCUGGUGAUCAAAUCUAAAAGUGUGGAGUACAUGCCCUUCUUCUUGUCUCUAUCUGUUUUCAUCAACAGUACUUCAUGGUUAAUCUUCGCCCUGCUUGGAAAGGAUCCUUUCAUUUUUGUUCCAAAUGCUGCCGGAACUAUAUUAGGAGCUGCACAGUUGAUUUUAUAUGCAGUUUAUCGUGAUAAAAAAGAAGUUAAGAAAGACGGAAUUAAUGAAUCAGUAGAUCAGAUGAGGACUGGGAAACUCCAAGACGAGAAGAUAGUUGACAUCCAAAAUGAGAAUGCAAAUCCAUAACAUUCAUAUGUACACAAAGUUUCUGAACUUUAUUACCCAUGUACUGUAAAGUUUCUGUUUGGAACCAAAAGUUAUGGUCACUUGUCUAAUGUCGAAUGAAAAAGGAGUUAGGUUCAAAAGUAUAGAGAAAGUUCAA